AUGUUCUUCUUGAUUUUGACAUUAAUUGUUAUUUUAAACACCAAUGUUGGAUUUUGUGAAUCAGAAGUUAAUUGGAAUAGAACAGAGUACAACAAAGUUAUAUAUCUUAAUGUUGCUGGGGAAUUAAUUUCUACAACAUAUUCAACUCUGACAUACGUGCCAAACACAAAACUUUCGUUUUUAAACCAUUGGCCACGCGAUCAUAAGGGUUAUAUUUUUCUUGACUUACCGCCAGAUCUAUUUAAACAUUUUCUUCAUCAACUUCGCCGUUGGUCGAUUCAUGGUAAUCGAUCAGUUAGUAUUGUAUUCGAACCACCAUCGUGGACAGUUAAAGAUGAAUUUAACGAAAUGCUUACAGCACUUGGUUUUCAAAAAUAUCAACAAAUAGUUCCGAUUCAAUGUUUCAAAUACAAACGUGUCGAUGAUUUCUCUCGUCGUGAAGGAUCUGGUAUUGGAAGGUCUUGUGACACUAAUAAAACGGCUGGGUGGACACGUUUUGUUGAUCAAGCAGGUACAGCAAUUAUUAAUCAUAUUCCAGAGUCUGGCCUUCGUUUAUGUGGUGGAGGAAGUCCAGGUUGGCUCUUUGGUGUUUAUCCUUCAAUAUUGUAUUCAACAACAAUUGGAACCAUGUGCUACGUCGGCCCAACUGGUAUACCUUGUGCACGCAUUGCCGCUAAGACAGUGCAAGUCACUCAUUGUGGUUCCUAUUUUGUAUUUGACAUGCCGGUAGCACCUGAAUGUCCACUGCGAGCAUGUACUAUUGAUAGACCUAUGACAGUUUAA